GCAGUUACCAUUCACAUUUACAUAUUCUUCUCUCGGCCGCAGUAGAGCAGAUUUUGAUUAUCCAAUAAAUUUACGAUGGAGGAUAUAUCGUCAGUGCAUCGGCCGAUGUAACAUACGUCAUACGUCAUUGGAUGUAACAGUGAAUUUCUCAAAUGACAAACAAUUUAUUAGGCCUAUCUAUCGAUUUCUAAGAACGCUGGUCUCGACUUGAAUUUGUUUAUCCCAAAUUCAUCAAAACUAAUUAAGAGGUCGUGUAGAAAUUUUUGACGACGAGUGGCUUUAAAUCACGCCGUCCGAAUAAAUAGAUAAAUAGAGGCAAAUCUUCUGAUUCGUAUUUGUUGCUAUCUGUGAGUUGUACAAGUAACAGUUUUUUUAUACCUACAAGAAUAAGAUGGGUGUGUUGUGGACUUUUAAUGCGUUCAGAUUGAAUAAGGGCAAUGAAGACAAUGAGAAGGAAUGGCCUCAAGCUUUGGCAAUUGUUAUUGGAUGCCUAGCUGCUCUCACCACUGGCAUGCUGACCUCUUGGUCGUCACCAUUUCUACUAAAAAUCACAAAAGACAAAGAAAACUAUGACAUCUCCGAACACGAUGCGUCAUUCUUCACCAUCGUCCAUCCAGCCGCCAUGAUUGUCACCUGCGUUAUAUUCUCCAUCCUUUGCGACACCAUCGGCAGAAAGAAGACCUUGCUGCUGAUCACCAUACCCCACUUGCUUUCAUGGGUCCUGGCUGCGCUUGCUCAGAACGUUUAUGUCUUCUACGCAUCCAGAAUCUGUGCUGGAAUUGGAGAUGGAUGCAUGUAUGCGGCGUUGCCGAUGUACAUCGGAGAAGUAGCUAGCCCUAAAGUUAGAGGAACGUGGGGAAACUGUAUGGUCUCUGCUAUGUAUUUGGGAGAGUUCCUAAUCCACGUCAUUGGAUGUUUUUUAGGUGUCAAAGAGACUUCCUAUGCUUGCAUUCCUCUGGUUGGCUUGUUCUUCGUACUCUUCUGCUUCAUGCCUGAGUCGCCUUACUAUUGCGUCAUUAAAGGAAAAGAAGACGAAGCAAAGCAGGCUUUAAAGUUUUUGAAACGAAAACAUGACAUUGAGGAAGAUUAUGAGAUGCUUAAGAACGAUGUUAAACGUCAGAUGUCUGAGUCAGGUACUUGGAAAGACUUCUUUAUGAUCAAAAGUAACAGAAAAGCAUUAAUGUCAGCAAUAUUUUUAAGAUCUUCUCAACAACUCGGUGGUACUACUGUGUUUAUCAUGAACACUCAGUUUAUUUUCGAGAAAGCCAAAGGUGGUGUCAGUCCUGAAGUUUCUUCGAUGAUUUAUUUAGGGUUAUGUCUAAUUUUGAAUAUAGUCGUCAUUAUUUUUGUCGUAGAACGAUUAGGAAGAAGACUUUGCUAUAUCCUCUCGCUUUCUUUAUCUGCCAUUCCUCUUCUGGUAUUAUCUGUAUACUUUUUUAUUGACCAACACGUUCAUGACGUAGAUAUAAGCUUCUUAAACUGGAUACCCAUUGUAGCGAUGAUUAGCUACUUGAUUUUUAAUUCCUUUGGUAUGGCAGUGAUACCGACCCUUAUGUUAGGGGAAUUGUUUUCGACCAGUGUUAAGUCAAAGGCUAUGACGGUGUUGAUGAUUGAUUUUGGACUGAUGAUAUUCGUGACCAAUAACAUUUUGUACGCUUUGCAGUCAGUUAUUGGUUUAUGUGGUCCUUUUCUCUUCUUCGCUAUUUGCAACAUCAUAUCAACUUUCUUAUCAUUCUUCCUGGUGCCAGAAACUCGAGGAAAGACUUUAGAACAAAUUCAGCAAACGUUGAAAAAAGAAGUUGCUGACAAACAUGAGAUAAAGCGAUAGAGUUUUUUUAUAUAAUAGACAAGCUAAUACAAGCAAUAAAACUAUAAUCAAAAAUGCGCAUGACAGUGAAUUAGAUUAUGUUAAGGAAAAGAAUAUGAGAUCACCAAAUCUUUAAAAACGGUUUGGGAUUAUGAAGCGAAGAAGAUUUUUUAUUGAGGCGAAUAAAAAUUUAUUGUUAUAUUAACAAUAAAUUGCUUUGUUCUAAAGUAUUUAUAAGUAUUUUUUAUAAAUAAAGGACUAUAUUUAUU